AUGCCGCGCGCGGACGACGACGCGGUGACGACCACGGCCGAUGACGACAAAAAACCCACUUUCGCCUCGCUCGGAUUGUGUAAAGAGCUCGUGAGCGCGUGCGAAGAGCUCGGUUGGCGUGAACCUUCAGCCAUUCAGCAAAAAUCGAUACCAGAGGCUCUUCAAGGACGCGACGUCAUCGGUCUCGCGCAAACGGGGAGCGGGAAGACGGGAGCGUUCGCGUUACCCAUCUUACAAUCGUUGCUGGACGAGCCGCGGACGUAUCACUCGUUGAUCUUGAGCCCGACGCGGGAGUUGGCGAUACAGAUUGCGGAGCAGGUGGAGGCGCUGGGACGGGGGAUCGGAGUGCGAACGGCGACGUUGGUCGGAGGGAUUGAGAUGACGUCGCAGGCGAUUAUGUUAGGAAAACGACCGCACGUGGUCGUGGGGACGCCGGGGAGGGUGGUGGAUCACUUGGAGAACACGAAAGGGUUCGGGUUGAAGGCGUUGAAAGUGUUGGUGCUCGACGAGGCGGAUAGAUUGUUAAACUUGGAUUUCGAGGAGGAGAUCGAUAAGAUUUUGAGAGUGAUUCCGCAGGAUCGACGAACGCAGCUGUUCUCGGCGACGAUGACGAGUAAGGUGCAGAAGUUACAGCGUGCGUGUUUGAGGGACCCGGUGAAGGUGGAGGUGAGCGCAAAGUACUCGACGGUGGAUUCGCUGCGUCAGCAUUACCUGUUCAUUCCGGCGAAACAUAAGGAUUGCUACGCGACGUACCUGUUCAACGAGCUGAGCGCGUCGACUUUGAUCGUUUUCGCGCGAACUUGCGAUCAGACGCGAAAGUUAGCGCUCAUUGCGAGGAAUUUGGGGUUCGGCGCGGUACCGAUUCACGGGCAAAUGUCCCAGCCCAAGCGCAUCGCGGCGCUGCAAAAGUUCAAGGCUGGCGAGCGCAACAUCUUGAUCGCCACCGACGUCGCGUCGCGGGGCUUAGACAUUCCAUCCGUGGAUGUCGUCAUCAACUACGACGUGCCGCAGAAUAGUAAAGAUUACGUGCACAGGGUCGGUCGAACCGCGCGCGCUGGUCGAUCCGGCUUGGCGGUGACCAUGGUGACGCAAUACGACGUUGAACUGUAUCAAAAGAUCGAGAGAUUGAUCAACAAAAAGCUUGACAAGUACCCGCUCGAGGAAGAGGCGGUGAUGUUGCUGUACGAUCGCGUGAACGAGGCGCAGCGCAUCGCGAUUCAGCAGAUGCGCGACCAAGACGAGCGCAAGGGCAAGGGCGCCAAGCGCGGAUUCAAGGAUGACGACGAGGCGGACAAAAUCCUGGGCAUGGUGUCCGGAAAGCGGCGACACGACGCCGGGGAAAAACUUCGCAUCACAAAACAAAGCAGAUUCAACGGUGCCAGAGGUCCGCCGAGGCGUUGA